AUGUCGAACGUCAACGCACCCGCCGCAGCAUCCACCGCGCCCCUAGGCACCACCGGCGGAAGCUCAAGUACUGCCCCCUCGUUCUCACCGCCCAAAGUGGACGAGUCACACCCCGUCAGCGCAGUCGCGGACCAUGCGUACCCAAACGUCUCGGAGAAUGUUGGCGAACAGGAAGCGGCAACUGGACCAGGAACGGGCGGACGAUCGUCUAUCCAGCAAUCAGGGGAACAUUCGGAUAAGGUGCCAUUUAAAGAUCAGGUGGGCGGCUACGCGAAGAAGAUACAUGGGACGGUGUUUGGGAAUAAGGAGGAGAAGGAGCUCGGGGAGGCAAAGUUGCACGGUCAGGCAUAG